AUGGGCGAGAGGAGAAGCCUCGACGGCGGCUCGCGUCGCAGGACCGAGAACGGAGCCGACGACGCGGAGGACCUCCCCCCGGAGGAACAGUACGAGCCGGAGCACGGGCACACCCUCUCCGCAAUGCAGGGCCGGGGGAUGCGACGGGAGCUGUCGCGGCACACGUUCUUCGGCGUCGAGGGGUUCGAGGGGGAGCCCGUGGUGACGGCCGACGAAACAAUGUCCGCCGGGUCCCCCACGCUCUCGCCGUUGUCCACACCCUCGCACACGCUGACCGGCGCCGAGUCAUCCACCCUCUCCCAGGAGGUGGAGGCGUCCAAGCCGAAGGUGAUUACCGCGGCGGACCGCCGACCGUCCAUGCCCGCGUCCGCGGGACACGCGAGGCUCGACGACCUCUUCCCGGUUCCCGAGAAGAAACCCGCGGUGGCUGCGCAGCAAAGGACGUCCAACGGGUCAGACGCGUCCGAGGAGGAGGUCACGCUCUCGUUCGCGGACGUGGACGGCAAGGGAACGAGCGACGACAAAAAGCAGGGCAAGAGCGCGCUGGAGCGGCUCAUGGACGCGGAGGCGCGCGCGCGGUCGAACGGCGGCGGCGUCGGCAGGUCCGUCAACGCCAGGGCGUCCAUCGACGUGGUGAACAGAUCCGGCGGUUCGUUCGGCUUCGGCUCCGCGCGAUUCAAACCGUCGAACGGCGAGUCGUCCAAGCCCAAGCCGCGAAAGAGCGCGGGAGCCGGAGCGGGGGGCGAGACGUCAUCGUUCGACCGCCGAGAGGCGCUACGCGCGGUGGCCCGCGACGUCGAGUCCCUCAUGCUCAUCUCCGAGGCCCUCUCCGCCAAGGACAUGCCGGUGCUGUCGAGGAGGCUGAGGCACGGCCUGACGCGGAUCCAGGAUAACGCCAGGGUUGGGUACAAGGACGAGGGCCUCCACGCGAGGAAGGUUGCCGCGUCGCACCGCGUGAACCGCUGGGAGCUGUUCAAGGAGGCUGCGCACGAGAUGACGUUAGACAAGGAGGGCCGGCGUAGGAUGAGCAUGGCGGGGCAGGGGAUCCUCGGGAGCAUCCCGUCCAAGGUUCUCGAGGAGCUGGAUUCGUCCGUGCACGGCGGCGGCCAUGGCGGGCGCGGCGGCGGCGAGGCGCUCACGCUCAAACAGCACGUCGUCCGCGCGAGCAUCGUCGGAUUCUCCCUCCUCAUCCUCUGCUGCAUUCCCCACAUCGUCCACCAGUACGCGCCCGACGCCGGGAUCCAGGCCACCACCGGGUCCUUCACCCUCGGGGCGGACCCCGUUCUGAUGCCGCUGUCGCACAAGCACAACGGCCUCUACGAAAUAACCGUCGGCGCCGGCGUCUGCGAACACCAGACGCCGGCCGCGGACUCCGCGCACACCAACAACACGUACUACCAGGCGAAAAUUGAGCUGGUACAGGACGGUGAGGUGCUCCGGUACGAUAAGCUGAAGCUCCACGACCUGGGCACCGCGGCGGCGGCGGGGCGAAGGAGAGGGCUGCUCGGCGUCGGCGGCGGCGGCGGCCCCGUCGGCGCAGACGUCUACGACCACUUCUACUUCGACGUCAGACCCAACCAGGCCGGCUCGUACGUCAACGUCAGGGCGUCGAGCGAUUGCCCGGUCCCGGUCGGCCUGUCCAUCGAGGCGAUCACGACCGGCCCGAUAGGCUCGGUGCAACACUGGAUCGCGCUGGCGCUUCUCAUUGCGGUUUUCGCGUUGAUCAUCACGGAGGUUGUUCACCGCACCCUAAUCGCGUUCAUGGGCGCGGCGUCCGUGCUUUUCAUCCUCGCGCUCGAGCACAGGCUACCGAGCGUGUACACCAUCAUGGGCUGGAUGGAUCACAGCACGCUGGCGCUGCUGUGGGGUAUGAUGGUGAUUGUCGCGCUUCUGGCCAGGAGCGGCAUCUUCGAGUUUUGUAGCGUCAGGCUCAUUGAGUUCAGCAAAGGGGACAUGUGGCGGCUCACUCUGCUGCUCAUGCUCUUUGACUGCAUCCUGAGCGCUUUUCUGGACAACGUCUCCACCAUGCUGCUGAUGGGCCCGGUGAUAAUAUCGCUGUGCAAGGCGAUUGACAUGGACCCAAGGCCAAUGCUCAUCCCCAUGGCGCUCUUCGGGAACAUCGGCGGCACGUCCACAAUGAUUGGCGACCCGCCCAACUUGAUAAUCGGCAACGCGUUCAAGGAGGAGAUCGGAUUCGUAGACUUCAUGAAGGUUCUCGCGCCUGGCGUGAUCCUCGUCCUGUUUCCGACCCUAUUCUUCCUAAAGCGUUACUAUGGAAAGGAGGUGUAUGAUAGGAAGAUUGAUGUCGACAUGCAGAUGCUCAGGGACAAGUACCCCAUCCGCGACCACGCCCUGCUCGCGAGGUGCGGUAUAAUCCUGGGAUUUGUGCUUAUGCUCUUCUUCCUCCACCCGGUGGUGCACUUUGAACCCGCGUACGCUGCGCUGUUCGGCGCGAUCGCCAUCCUGUUGAUGGGCUCGACUGAAGAUUUUGAGCACGCGAUUGAGAAGGUCGAAUGGGACUCGCUUCUGUUCUUCGCGGGACUGUUCGUGUUCACCGAGGGCAUCGCUGAGCUUGGUUUGCUGCGCAUCAUCGCUGACCAGCUCAGCAGCGUGAUCGAGAAGGUUCCCGUUGGUCAGAGGGCAAUCGUGUCGAGUGCUUUGAUCCAAGUUGUCGCCGCGGUGGCGUCUGCUUUUGUCGACAACAUCCCGUUUACCACAACGAUGAUACCGGUCAUCAGGCGGAUGGCCACCAACGUAGAGGGGCUAGAGAUCCAGCCGCUCGCGUGGGCUCUGUGCUUCGGCGCUGACAUGGGGGGUAUGGGGACUAUCAUCGGCGCUAGCGCGAACGUGGUGAUGGCGGGCAUCGCCGCGGAGGCUGGGUACCCGGUGAGCUUCAUGAGCUUCUUCCGGAUCGGCUGGCCGAUGAUGUGUAUCGCCAUUUGCGUCACCGUGCCUUAUCUGUGCCUCAUGAUUCAGGUGGGAUACGUGUAA